AAACCCUGCCUGAUUUGUGGGCAAUGUUGGGGAUGCGGAGAGAGAGAGGGAGGGAGAGCGAGAGAGAGAGAGAAAGAGAGGGAGAGGGGGAAGCGGAGAGAGAGAGGGAGACAACACUAACUGGGUAGCUAUGGAGAUAGUAGCUUUUCCUGGUCACUUUCUUUGACAGGUGUCGAGUGGGAUAAAACAAGUGUCACGACAGCUUCCAAAGAUGUACGGCAAGGGCAAAGGAGCUGUGGUCCCCUCCGACAGCCAGGCGCGAGAGAAGUUAGCGUUGUAUGUGUACGAGUACCUCCUGCAUGUGGGAGCACAGAAGUCGGCACAGACGUUCCUGUCCGAGAUAAGAUGGGAGAAGAACAUCACGUUAGGAGAACCCCCUGGAUUUCUCCACUCGUGGUGGUGUGUGUUCUGGGACUUGUACUGUGCCGCACCGGACCGAAGGGAGACCUGCGAGCACUCCAGUGAAGCCAAGGCCUUCCAUGACUAUAGCGCAGCGGCAGCCCCCAGCCCAGUCAUGGGUAACAUGCCCCCCAACGAUGCCAUGCCAGGGGGUCCCAUGCCUCCAGGCUUCUUCCAGGGACCACCCGGCUCACAGCAGUCCCCCCAUGCACAGCCCCCCCCACACAACCCCAGCAACCCCAUGAUGGGACCUCACGGGCAGCCUUUCAUGUCACCGCGGUAUCCAGGUGGGCCACGCCCCUCGCUCCGAAUGCCAAAUCAGCCUCCUGGGGGGAUUCCAGGGUCACAGCCGCUCCUGCCAAACAGCCUGGACCCUACAAGACCACAAGGACAUCCAAAUAUGGGCGGUCCGAUGAGAAUGAACCCCCCAAGAGGCAUGGCCAUGGGCCCCCAGAAUUAUGGUGGCAUGAGACCUCCGCCCAACUCGAUGGGGGGACCGAUGCCGGGAAUGAACAUGGGCCCAGGCGGCAGAGGACCGUGGCCGGGACCCAAUGCUAACUCGAUAGCCUACUCCUCCUCAUCUCCAGGAAACUAUGUGGGUCCCCCGGGGGGAGGCGGACCUCCAGGAACACCCAUCAUGCCCAGCCCAGGUGAUUCAACCAACUCUAGUGAAAACAUCUACACGAUGAUGAACCCAAUCGGACCUGGAGGCAACAGACCUAAUUUCCCUAUGGGUCCAGGGCCCGACGGGCCGAUGGGAGCGAUGGGAGCAAUGGAGCCGCACCACAUGAACGGAUCACUAGGGUCCGGAGACAUGGACGGGCUGCCAAAGUUUGUCUCUCCACCUUCCCUACAGAGCUCCCCGAACAACAUGGGGGGCAUGAACAACCCUCCUGGAACGCCGAGGGACGACGGCGAAAUGGGCGGGAAUUUCUUGAACCCAUUCCAAAGUGAAAGUCCUGCCGGGACCGCCCUCGAGCAUGCUGGGACUCUCAUAAAGACGGGCGCUCCCGGGGUGUGCAAGAUGGCCGGCAGUCUGAACAGGAAGCAGUUACAGAGCAACCGGAAGAGCCUCUUCUCUUCCGCUGACGCCGGCCUCCCCGGCUUCCUGUCGGGGUCCAGACAGUGAGCAAGGGAAGAGAGCACAGCGGCACCGCAGACUGACCCCUCAGCUCUCUCUCUGUCUCAUCAGCGGACUGGAAAGCUCCUCAGACAUUGGCUGAGGUUUGGCCCCCCUGGAUCCAGCAGAGACGCCGCGCUCUCUCUGUGUACAAUGUAACACAGUGUUGUGAUGCUCAUUGGACGAUCUUCUUUUCAUUUUUUGUGUAUGUAUUGUAUCAUUUUUAUUAUUGUAUUAUUGUUAUUAAUUAUAUUGCUCCGUCAUUUUAAGUUUUCUCGGCACAUUUCUGGAGACUCACAGAGCCGAUGCUAAUUUAAUAUUCAGGAGUUUGGAGUAAUAUUUCUGCCUCAUACAGACGCGCACGUCACUGUAGUCCAAGUUUCUGACCUCGGUCCAUUUGAAACGUCAAACUUCAGGGGGUUUUCUCUGGAGUUUCCCACCUGUUUGUAGCUCUCGGUAAUAUAGCGCCUCACGUCAGCGCCCCCUGCUGGUGUUCUCCCGCUUGGUACUCACUCGCCUUUUUUUGUCUUUUUUUUUUCAACUCAGAAACAGUCUCUUCAUGCAGAGAAAUGCACAGCUGUAUUUAUUUAUGUACUUUUGAUUUGUCUUAUGAAACAUGUUGGAGUGUUUAGCCUGAUGUUUGCAGAACGAUGGUAGCAACUGUGUUAUGAUGCAGGUCACCAGUGUCCAGCCGCUCUACUGACCCCCACACUCCUGUCGCUCCUACAUGUGGUCAGACCUCCACUCACUGUGAUGUACUUUGUUUGAGUUCACAUGUCGAACCUAGACUUUAAGCUUAACACGGGGGGAGGGGGGGGGACAGCAGGUCGGGUCAGAACCGGUCCGGUCGACGGUGCAUCCUUUCCCCACCCACGGAACUUCCCCUCUGAUUUUUAUACAAUCCUCCAUCUUUUUUUAACCCUUUAUUUUUGUAAAUACUGUACAAUGCAUUUUGAUAUCAUUGACAUGUUUUGAUAUUUCAAGUCACUCAGUCGAGCCGGAGCUGCUGCGUCUCUGCUCCGAGAAGAACCAGAGCGGCUGGUCGAUGAUUCACUGCGGAGCUCGCCGCGUCUUACAUGAAAUAUGUUUUUAAUCUUUUACAAGAGAAAUUGAACCGCUUCUCCACGGAGCCUCCGACACUGAACCUGAACGCCCGGCUCUCCAUCCAGACCCACGGGACCAGAGACUUUACUAUGAAGGAUUUUUUAAAAUUCUAUUUAAAUGGGGCAGGAAGACGCUCUCCCGCCCUGGUCUGGGGAGCACUGUGGUCUGGAGCGCAGUGGAACCUCUCCCGAUGGUUCUGUCCUGUAAGAAACGCCGUCACCACCUUUUCUGUAUUUCUAUCGUGCUGAUGUAAAAUACUGUAACAUUGAGGGGCGCGGGAGGGCGACAGAGGAAUGUGGGAGGGGUUUAACCAAAUUUCGGUUCCUCAUCUGACCCGUCUGGAUGACAGAGCAGUAUUGAAUAUGAGGCAGUCAGUCAGUUGCUUUGUAUCUCAUGUUAGGCUAGUUUCCGAAUCUAAAUGUCUCGUGUAGUAAAAUAAAGAGGUUCCUUCUUCGUACGUUUCUUUAUAUUGUAAAGUUUCUUUAGAAAUGCUAUUUGGAAAAAAAACGGUGGGAAAAUUGCAUUGAUAAAUGAUUUUUUUUUAUUUCCAUCAUGUUGUCAGUCUUUUUUGCCUGUGUCCCCCCUUGUUGUAGAUACAUAUGAAAACAAAUAAAAUGACUUCACUCCUUUUGCCAUGAA